CAGCACCGCUCACUCGAUACGUACGGUUUGUAUUGAAAACUCUCUGGUUUUGGUAGGGUUUUUCUGCUUUUCUGCGAAGGAAGAAGGAGGGAGACUAUCUCUGUUGCAGCCAUGGCGAGCACCAAAGUCCAGAGGAUCAUGACCCAACCCAUCAAUCUCAUCUUCAGGUUUCUUCAAAGUAAAGCUCGCAUUCAGAUAUGGUUAUUCGAGCAGAAGGAUUUGAGGAUUGAAGGACGCAUCAUUGGGUUUGAUGAGUACAUGAAUUUGGUUCUUGAAGAUGCCGAGGAAGUCAGUAUAAAGAAGAAGAGCAGAAAGCAACUGGGGAGGAUCCUACUGAAGGGGGACAACAUCACGCUGAUGAUGAACACGGGGAAAUGAGGAAGGGCUGUUAAAAUUCAAGGAUUUAAGUAUUUUUCUGUAUUUCUUUUUGGCAUUUGACAUGAGAAGCAGAUGUAAUGUGAUUUUAUGGACAUAUUUGGACAACGAUCUACCUUAGCAACAAAUGGGGAAGAGAUAAAUAGCUUUGUGUUGCUUCACUCCUUCCUGCCAUUUGUUCCAUGGCUUGUUUGGUUUAUUGGCACUAUUUUCAAAUGAUUUUGUGUAUUACUUGCCCUAGUACAAUUAUUGUUGUCCAUUCAGAUGUGAUGUUCUGUAAACUACAAUUAUAUUUUUAAGCAU